AUGAGUCUGUCUCUAUAACAACUAAGUACUCAACAAAUCUAAGUGUUCUGUUAGACUGUAUUUGCGCCAUUUACAGAAACCAUUAGGAGGCCACUAGAGGAUCUUAGACAAGGCCUAGUACUUGAAAGUGAUCUUUUCGCUUAGAGGAAGAACGGCUAUGAUGGAGGAAAAUCGAGAAUUGGGUUCGAGAAGGGAUAGCAAAGUUGAUAAAGCCUCCAAGAACCUAAAGAAGCGGGGAGAACCGACACCAAGUAGCUUGAGACCAGCACCAACGAGGCCUCAGAGCUCGAUUUCCAUGGCUCAAUCGGCUGCUACACCUUACUCAAGAGCAGGAAAAGCCCCUGAAUUACAGCUGGAAAACACCUAUCGCAUGUCGCCAAGUAAAAAAUUCCCUGAAGGAAGCGUGAGGAACAUUUUAAAGGAAGUUUUAAUGGAAAAUCUCGCCGAAGUCAACUACGACCCAAAUACUUGUCGACAGCUUACAAAGAGUAUUUCUGAUAACCUAAGACUGCGAGUCAAGGAAAUGAACAUUCAGAGAUAUAAGAUCAUUUGUUUGGUGCACAUAGGACAGUUAGGCAAGCAGGCAUUGAGGAUUGGAAGCCGCUGUUUAUGGGAUACAAAUGUCGAUACGUAUGCCUCUUUUGAGUUCAAGAAUAAUUCGAUAUUUGCAGUAGCUACGGUAUAUGGUGUCUACUUUGAAUAGCUUCUAGAAAAUAAUCGUAAUCUUAAGUAGAUUUUUUAUUCAAGCGAUCAAUAGUUCUAAAACAACCAAUUAGAAUUGUGGGUUCAACUUUAAGGUACCUCUUGUGAUCUCUCUCGUGGAAAAAAACAACAAUUGCUAAAGAACUGAAACUAGAGUGGAAAUCAUAAAUGAGCAGUAGAUAAUGUAUAGAUAAUGUACUUCGUUUCGCUCCAAGGAAUAAUUACUGAUUUUAAGGGAGUCAACGCUAUAAUUUUUUAAGUUUUGUUUUCUAAUUUUCAGAAGUAUUUAUUUUACUCUGAGAAAAAAAUAUUUUGGCGUUUCAGUUUUCCGUUUUAAUUUGCAUAAAACAUAAAGAGCGAAUCUAGCGUUAUCAAUAAAACAAAUGUCGUAUAUUUGUUUUGUGAAAAAUGAAAUGGGUUCAGAGUAAAUAGGGUGAGAUAAAGAAAUUAAAAUAUGUCAAAAUGA